CCCCUUUAAGUAAUUUAUUUCUCAGAGGGCAGGUGUUUUAAGCCCUCUUGCAAGAAUGCACUCACAGUUCUUCCUUUUUAGUGCUAUUCAACAGCCAAAUCUCACUUUCAUUUCCUGUAAGCAAAAUUUAGCAAGAAAGACAAAUUGCUGACGAGUGGUCAUGUCUCUCAUGCCGUGGACUUUUUUAAUUUUGAUAUCUGUAUUCUGCUGCAGAAGUCAAGCUGAAGGACAUAUGCCUAAAGCCCAGCAUGGAACUGAUGUCACACUGAGCUGUGAAGUGGCCAGUCUCCCAGAAUCCUCCACUCUGCAAUGGGAGAGAGAAGGAGCUCCCACAUCUAACACCACCCUGUUCCUCAACAACACCGCCUACAUCAUCCUACACAGCGUCGACCAGCAGAGCCAGGGAACAUACACCUGCAAACUGAAGCAGAACGGAAAGGUGCAGAUGUGUUGGAACCGAACAGUGAGUGUGUCGGAACAUACGUACUCUAAAAAGAGUUUUCCUCUGUACAGAGAGACCUCCAACAGCAGUGAUUUAACACUCAUCUGCAAGUCAGAGAAGACUUACAACAGGAUAAGGUGGCAGCUACACCAUCCAGAACUGAUAAUGAUCGCUGCAGAAAAGGGACAAAAACCUAUAGUUAAUGGACCAAUUGAACCAGGGACACAUACGUCCACAUCCUACAAUGGACGUGAAUUCAUCUUUCACGUCUCACCUGUGAGGUUCAACUACAGUGGAAUAUAUAAAUGUGUUGGGGAUGAUCAAACCACCUAUUCAACCAUAACACUCCACACUGUAAGAGUCUCUGCAGAUCCUCCUGAUGGUGUGUUCAGGAAUCAGUCAGUGGUUCUGACCUGUGAGGUGUCCAGGGGGGCUGACCGAGCGACCCUGGCCUGGCUGAGGAUGGAGGGGAACAGGGCAGCGUGGGUCAAACAGGAUGUCCUGACAGGCAGCAAGAGGACCCUCAGUGUGACUCUGAAGAGCCUCUCUGAGGGGCAGCUCCUGUGGCAGUGUGCCCUGUUCACUGAGAGCACACUCCGAGCAGUGGCCCCGAUAAAACUCCGCCUCUACGCAGGAGACGGUGUAGUGGAGAGCAGCGUGGUGAUCAUCACGGCGGGUGCUGUGGCCGCGUGUGUGGUCAUCUUGCUGGGAGCUCUGCUGUUUUACUUUCAGAGAAAGUCAGCAGCUGGUGGGCAACCAAGGACUGAGAUAAAACCCGGAGCAGAUCCAUGCCUUUCUGAUUCAGCUCUUACUUACGUGAACAGAGAUGGUGGUCACGUUGCCAUGGCAAAAGCAGAGGAGGAAGAAGAGGAGCUUCACUAUGCCUCUGUCACUGUUAGGGGAGUCUGUGAUGGAGCCAGAGGGAAUUCCAGAAAGAACACACCAGGUACCAGUGACUCGACCAUCUACUCUACUGUCAACUUCGGCUGAGGAGCCUGAGCGCUAAUGUUAUUGUGAUGUACAGUCAAGAAACUAACCUGAGUUUUAUUUGUUAUUUAGUGUAAUUUCAUUUCUGUGUUUUUUUUAUUUGUAAAAAUGGAUGAACAGAUGUGAGUUUCCUGCAUUGUACUCGUUACACUCAGCCUUGUGCUAAAGUCUAGGCACCCCUGGUUGGAUGACAUUGUUGAUUUUCUAAUUGAGAAUAAGUUAACACUUACUCUACAGGCAGCAAAACAUGAGUAUGACAUAUUUCUGCAAAUUUUACUGCACAGCUUUUAUUUGUUUUGCUGAAUUUAACAUAUCAGAAAAAAAAUGCAACUUGUGCACAGGUCACAUUUUUAAAAUUUCUGCUAAUAAAUAGUAACUUUGCAUUGAAAUGUGCAGAAAUGUAUUCACUGGAGAGGGUAUGUUAACUUAUUUUCACUCAGAAAAUAGACAUUUAACACAGGGGUGCACAAACUUUCAAACAUUUUUUUCUGUUUUUGUUUUUUUACAGUGAAUAUUACAACAAAGCUUUCAGUUUGUCACAAUUAACCCCACAGUUAGUAACAAGUUGCAACAUUAUUCACGACUUGUUCUGCUGGUUUGUGGUGGAGAGGGUUGCUUGAAUAAAAAAAAGAUCAGUUUUGCACAAAUAUUUAAAAAAAAUAUUUAAAUUAAUCGCUUAUGCCCU